AUGGCCGACAAGUCGGCGACGGAGCAGCGCAAGGCUGACUGGGCCAUUAUGAAGGAAAUGUCGCGCUACCUCUGGCCAAAGGACAGCUUCGGCACAAAGAUCCGCGUGGGACUGGCGGUAUCGCUGCUCAUUGGGGCCAAGUUGUUGAACGUCCAGGUGCCCUUCUACUUCAAGAGCAUUGUCGACUCCAUGAACAUUGAUUUCGCGGCUGUCGGUGGCACCGCUGCCGCCGUCGCAGGAAGCAUGAUCGUCGCCUAUGGCGCUGCGAGAAUAGGGGCCACAGUCUUCCAAGAGGUCAGAAAUGCGGUAUUUGCGUCUGUUGCGCAAAAGGCCAUCCGGAGCGUUGCGCGCAAUGUGUUUGAUCACUUGCUCCGGCUGGAUCUGAGCUUUCACCUCUCCAAACAAACCGGUGGCCUAACGCGAGCCAUCGAUAGAGGCACCAAGGGCAUCAGCUUUUUGCUGACGAGCAUGGUGUUCCACCUUAUACCCACCGCCUUGGAAAUCAGCCUAGUCUGCGGUAUUCUCACAUGGCAGUACGGCGCAAAGUUUGCUGCUAUUACGGCAUUGACCAUGGUGGGCUACACUGCCUUCACAAUCUGGACCACGGCUUGGAGGACAAAGUUCCGAAGGCAGGCGAACGCUGCGGACAACAAAGCCUCCACCGUGGCUGUGGAUUCGUUGAUCAACUACGAGGCUGUCAAGUAUUUCAACAAUGAGAAGUUCGAGGUGGCGCGUUAUGACAAGGCCCUCGGGGAGUAUGAGAAGAGCUCCAUCAAGGUGGCUACAUCGCUGGCCUUUCUCAACAGCGGGCAGAAUAUCAUCUUCUCGUCGGCCUUGACUGCCAUGAUGUACUUCGCUGCGGAUGGAGUGGCCAGCGGUUCGUUGACGGUGGGCGAUCUCGUAAUGGUGAACCAGCUCGUCUUUCAGCUUUCUGUGCCGCUCAACUUUCUGGGAUCUGUGUACAGAGAGCUGCGCCAGUCGCUGCUUGACAUGGAGACCCUUUUCAACCUUCAAAAGGUCAAUGUCAGUAUUGCCGAGAAGCCUGAUGCCAAGGACCUCGUCCUAGCGCGCGGAGGAGAAAUCAAGUUCCAGGACGUGACAUUCGGAUACCACCCCGACCGCCCCAUCCUGAAGAACCUGUCUGUUACCAUUCCCGCCGGGAAAAAAGUAGCCGUCGUCGGACCCAGCGGCUGCGGCAAAUCCACCCUCCUCCGCCUCCUCUUUCGCUCUUACGACGUCCAGGACGGUCGGAUCCUAAUCGACGACCAGGAUAUCCGCGACGUAAAGCUCGACUCUCUCCGCAAGUCAAUUGGUGUCGUGCCCCAGGACACACCACUGUUCAACGACACUGUCGAGCACAAUAUCCGCUACGGCUCCAUUGAUGCCUCCCACGAAGAAGUGGUCGCGGCGGCUAAACGGGCUCGCAUCCAUGACAUUAUCGAAAAGUUCCCUGAUGGAUAUAGCACCAAAGUCGGCGAGCGAGGCAUGAUGAUCUCAGGCGGUGAGAAGCAGCGUCUGGCCAUGAGCCGGCUGCUGCUCAAGGAUCCGCCGCUUCUCUUCUUUGACGAGGCUACAAGCGCGCUGGAUACGCAUACGGAGCAGGCGCUCAUGAUUAAUAUCAACGGAAUUCUGCGAGAAAAGGGCCGUACAAGCGUCUUUGUUGCACAUCGGCUACGCACAAUCUUUGACUCGGAUUUGAUUAUCGUGCUGAAGGAUGGGAAGGUGGCGGAGAUGGGGACGCAUAGGGAGCUGAUUGACCGUGCUGGAGUAUACUCGGAGCUGUGGAGCGCACAAGAAAUGUUGUUCAAUGAGGACGGUAGUGAAGUUGAGGAGACCAAGGAACAGAGAGAGCAGGUGGCGGCGCUGAAACAGUCUUCGACUCGGAAAUAG